CGGGUAUGAGAUGUAUUAUUGAUGCGGAAGUUCCUUCAUGUAGUUGCACAUAUAAGCGAGCAAGAGGAGUCGUCACCUACUCAUCAGAGUUGAGAUAUUCGCAGAAAGAUCGCUUUCAACUUCGUGCGCCAUAGCUAUGGACUUAUGAGGAUGGAUCUCACGCCUAAGUGCAUUCGAAUACAGGCGAGCUCAAGGGCUAUUGACACAAGGUUUCGUUACGGAAUCAAAGGUAGAAAAUGUCCUUCGACUUGGUUCUUCUGUGCAGAUGGUUCAAAUUGCAUCAUCUCUCGUUAUGUCUGUGAUGACCAUAAAGACUGCCGAGAUGGGUCUGAUGAGGCUGAAUUCUGUCAUGGGUUGAACGAAAAGAAGAGAAAGGCUAGCGAUAAAAUUGUCUAUUGA